UCAUCCUUCUUCCAUUCUCUCUGUCCCUUUAAUCCUUUUUUCUUUCCUUCUUCAGUCACAUUUCUCAGUUUAAUUACUCUGUCCUCGGGAUUUGGUCCAACAGACACCCAAACUCCAAAUCACUUCCAAUUCCCGAGGAUAAAGCUUUGUCUUUUGCUGUCUCUUUUUAUUUUCUUUUGUUGACAUUUUUUAAUUUCAUCUUAGCUUCUUGGAGAUCGCGGACUACAAUACGUGCAACUUCUUCUUGACUUUGAGUCCAAAUAUUGACUCUACUCAGAUCUCUUCAUUUCGAAAUUAAGGUGGUUAUACUACAUUUGAUUGAUCAGAAGAGAUGAAUUCCUUGUCACAUGUUCCUCCAGGUUUUCGAUUUCACCCAACAGACGAAGAACUUGUGGAUUAUUACCUUAGGAAGAAAAUCACCUCGAGAAGGAUUGACCUUGAUGUUAUUAAAGACAUCGAUCUCUACAAAAUUGAGCCAUGGGAUCUUCAAGAAUUAUGUAGAAUGGGGACAGAAGAACAGAGUGAUUGGUAUUUUUUCAGCCACAAAGACAAGAAAUAUCCAACAGGAACAAGAACAAAUAGAGCAACAGCAGCAGGAUUUUGGAAGGCAACAGGAAGGGACAAGGCUAUAUAUUCAAAGCAUGACUUAAUUGGGAUGAGGAAGACAUUGGUGUAUUAUAAAGGGAGGGCUCCAAAUGGACAAAAAUCUGACUUUAUUAUGCAUGAAUAUAGACUUGAGACAGAUCCAAAUGGUGCUCCUCAGGCAAAAGGAUGGGUUAUAUGUAGAGUUUUCAAGAAGAAAAUAGCUGCUGGCAUGAGAAUGGAUACUAGUGAACAUGGUUCUCCUAUUUGGUACGAUGAUCAACUUUCAUUCAUGCAAGACAUGGAUUCCCCUAAGCCAAUUAUACAUCCUCAUCAAAUUAAUUACAUUAACCAUUAUCCUAAUAAUUAUCCUAAUUGUAAAAAAGAAGUUGAUAAUUUGCACUACCAAAUCCCACCUCAAAAUCAUCAAUUUCUUCAUCAAAUUCCUCUCUUAGAAACUACUAAACAUGUAGCUGCACCAAUUUCUUCAUCAAUCCCUAUAUUUGGAAAUAUUAACGUUAAUCGAACAGCAUUGUUCACACAAGAUCAAGCUACAUUUCCAAAUAAUAAUAAUAAUGACAACGUUCAGCAAGUUGCAGAGCAAGUGACCGAUUGGCGAGUACUCGAUAAAUUUGUAGCUUCUCAACUUAGCCAACAAGAUGAAAAUAAUAACUAUGCAGUGGCUGAUGAUCAUGUGAAUUUGAACAAGCAAGAAAUGCCCCCAGAAAAUACAUCUACAGCAUCUUCAAGUUCUCAAAUUGAUUUGUGGAAAUGAAAUUAGAUUCACGAUAUAAUAAUAAGUUACUUCUCAACAAUACCUUAUCAUAGGGGGAAUUAAGUACGUACGUUACGUACAGUACCUUAUUGAUUUAAAAACUGUACGUUAUAUAUGUGUACAUUAUAAAUGUAUAGAAAUUGUACGACACUUUCUAA